AUGGCGGCGGCGGCCUCGCAGCGAGAUCCGGGGGACUGGCAAGACUUCUCGGGUUUCCAGCCCUCCUCGGGGAGUGGUCCUGAGGCUGCCCGCGACAAGGGCGGCUGGGACGGUGGGGAUUUGGGGGCGAAGUUGUCUCUUUGCUUUGAGCCCCCGCAGGCCCGGGCAGUCGGCGGCGAGAGCCGCGUUCCGUUGCGGCCCCUCACGGAGCAGAGCGCCUUGCAGGACGACGAAAUUUGGAAUGCGUUGACUGAUAAUUAUGGUAACGUAAUGCCAGUAGACUGGAAAUCUUCCCACACCAGAGCUUUGCACUUGCCAACACUGAAUCUUUCAGAAAAAGGGGUAAAUGAUAAUUUGAACCUUGACCUGUCAGAUGAUGAGGAGCUGAGGGAACAGCUGGAUAUGCAUUCUAUCAUCGUUUCUUGCAUCAACGAUGAACCACUCUUCACAGCAGAGCAGGUAAUCGAAGAAAUAGAGGAAAUGAUGCAGGAAUCACCUGAUCCAGAUGAUGAUGAAACACCCACUCAAUCAGAUCGACUCUCCAUACUCUCUCAGGAAAUUCAAACACUCAAGAGGUCCAGUACGAACAACAGCUAUGAAGAAAGAGUAAAAAGAUUGUCUGUUGCUGAGUUAAAUGAGCUGCUAGAAGAAAUUGAGACUGCUAUUAAGGAUUAUUCUGAGGAAUUAGUACAGCAGUUGGCUCUACGAGAUGAGUUGGAGUUUGAGAAGGAAGUGAAAAACAGCUUCAUUUCUGUCCUCAUCGAAGUACAAAACAAACAGAGAGAACACAAAGAAACAGCAAAGAAGAAAAAGAAGGUGAAAAAUGGUAGUCCACAGAAUGGCAAACAAGAAAGAAGUCAUAUGCCUGGAACACGCUUCAGCAUGGAAGGGAUCUCAAAUGUCAUACAGAAUGGCUUCCGCCACACGUUUGGGAACUCAGGUGGAGAGAAACAGUACUUAACAACUGUUAUUCCUUAUGAGAAGAAAAAUGGACCCCCAUCUGUUGAAGAUCUUCAAACAUUAACCAAAAUCCUCCAUGCCAUGAAAGAAGACAGUGAGAAAGUGCCAAGCUUGUUAACAGACUAUAUUUUAAAGGUUCUCUGUCCUACAUGA